AUGUCGAACCAGCGAGCGGAGAACAGCCCUACGGGGCCUGUGAACCUACCGAGCGACGAAUCAGGAAGCAGUAACGGUGGCAGCAGCAACAAUUCCGUACAAACAGCUAAGCCAGAGACCACGCAGCCUCCUGCCUCUACCUUCCCCCCACCAAAGACCGAUAAGCCACGGCCGCACGUCUGCACCACCUGCACCCGCUCAUUUGCACGACUAGAGCACCUCAAGCGCCACGAGCGAUCACAUACCAAGGAGAAACCUUUCGAGUGUCCUCAAUGCGCAAGAUGCUUUGCGCGGCGCGACCUGCUCUUGCGCCAUCAGCAGAAGCUGCACCAGCAGGGCGCGACCUCUACAAGACCGCGAAAUGCACGACGAGAAAGCACGACCGGUCUGCCACCCAACACUGCCACAAACCGCGUUCGCAAGAACUCCAUCUCAAGUAAUACUGGCAGUAUCAUUCCUGGCACUGGAAGCAUGCGGCCGCGCGCCAACACCAUUGGUGCAAUCGAUGCCAGCUUCCUUGCACUCCACAACGCAACUAUGUCUCCAGGAAAUGGGGUCCAUCCAGGCCACUCACGCCAUGCUAGCAUAUCUGGGUUCGGUGGGCCGAGUCAGUUCGACUACAGAGGCAUGUCCACUGCGGUGGGCUCGCACGGGCAGCAUCACGGCUUACCUCGGCUAGACACACAUAUUGGUUUUGGGGGUAUGGGCGGAGGUGGGCUCCGUACUGCGCCAAUACAAGGAGCGCCGGGCCCUGAUGAUAUCGAGCUGGAGAAGUUCUUUGGCAGCUCAUCCGGCUCCACGAUCAACCCCAAUCAGUUGCAUCACUUCAACGGCAGCCUCGCCCAUCCGCAGUCCCCUUUCAGGCAGUUUGCCAACCCUUUCGCUGGCAACAACCCGAUUGAAGAGGAUGACUUCGCAUGGAGUGCAGGUCUGGAAAACCAGAUGAUGUUUUCGACUGAGAACGCCAUUGAGGGAUCAUCCCCAUCCGCUAUUAGCACUGCAAGCCAGGGUGCUUUCAAUGAGGUUAUGCUAGACGGGUCAGGGCAGCCAACCUCUGGCACUAUGUGGCACAACCCAAUACCGACACACUCACACAUCAACCCAAUGGCUUUCACCGACGCCAUGGCGCCUGUAUUUCCGGAACUAAUGAUCAAUACCAUAGGAACGCAGGAGCUUGCAGAUCCCGCAGCACAAAACGAUUUCUACAUGGCGUCACCGCCUCCAAUUGCAGCAAUGAGUCCUUCAGCAGGCAUACCGGGUAUGCCAAACCAAUACUUCCAGGCCCCAAUGACCUUUCAAUCUGAUGCUGGCAGCAUAUCUUCGGCGUCAAUGAACGGCAGCGCAAGACACAGCUCCGUAACCUCUAUUUCUACCGAAUCCAUUACGGAGGCGACAAGGCAGGCCUUGCUUGUCAACCUGCAACAAGCGCUGGCGGUAGGCAACCCGCAGCGACGAUUUUCCCAGCCACAGAUCAGCUCUCCCUUGUCGCAAAGCCAGAACGCAACGCUGCCAAGCACCAUGGACAUUCAGCGCUACGUGAACGCAUACAUACUGUACUUCCACCCACACAUGCCAUUUCUGCAUAUUCCGACCCUGUCCUUCGACACUCCAGCCUAUACGUACCAGCUUCGCACUACUAACAACUACAAUCAUGACGGCAUGGUUGGUGGUGGCGGCUGCCUCAUUCUUGCAAUGGCUGCAAUCGGCGCUCUGUACGAAUUUGAGCAGGUUGUGGCAAAGGAGUUGUUUGAAGCUGCUAAGAAGCUGAUUCUCUACUACCUGGACGAGCGCCGUAGGGCUGGGCUGACAGCUGCUGUCAACGGUCCAAGCGCUGCGAGUGAGUCCAUAAACAAGCCUCCGCUGUGGUUGGUCCAGGCCAUGUUGCUGAACCUGAUAUUCGGUCAUAAUUGCGGUGACCGACAGGCAGCUGAAGUUGCAAGUACUCACUGCGCAGCCCUGGUCAGUCUUGCCAAAGCCGCAGGACUAGACAAGCCUGCGGCGCCAGAGACGAUGACGCAGAGUCCGCCGUCGCACACUAAUGGUGACGAUACGUCAAUGGCAGACGAUUCGAAUGGUCACGCAGAUUCGCCUGUGGAUAUGCGUAAUGAGUAUAGCCAGUGGAUCCAAUGGAAGAAAGCGGAGGAGAGAAAGCGAACCUACUACGCUGUAUUCUCGUUGUCAAGCCUGCUUGUCUCAGCAUACGCCCACGCACCACGGAUUCUGAAUUCCGAGAUCCGUCUCGACCUUCCUUGCGAAGAGGAUCUCUGGUCAGCUGAAAACGCUCAAGUCUGGAUGGCAACGGGGGGUUCGGUGGCUGCACAGUCCAGAAACUUGUCUUUCAACGCCGCCAUGACAUACCUACUCGAGGCAAGCACUCGCCAAGGCGGCGCUGUUCGUUCACACUAUGGUCAGUUUGGAGGCAGCUCGCUUAACGACCAAAUGGACAGUGAAAUACAACCCAGCACCUUUGGUUGUUACAUUCUCAUCAACGCACUACACGUCUACAUUUGGGAGACUCGACAGAGACACACUGGUCGUCUUUGGAAGACGCAGGAGACAGAGGCUAUGCACGCCCAAGUCGAACCCGCGUUGAAAGCCUGGCAGGCUGCCUGGAGAGCCAAUCCAAACCACAGUAUCGAGCGACCUAGCCCAUUCGGCCCAUUGUCUGCGGACUGUAUACCAUUGUUGGAUCUGGCCUACGUUCGCCUGUUUGUUAACCUUUCCCGGGCAAAAGAGCUCCUAUGGCAGCGGGACUUCGAGGGCAUGGCGAACGAGCUCGCGAAGGGCAUCGAUAUUGUAGCCCAGGCCGACGGUACACCGGAGCGGUCUGAUCCUGGAAAGUCUGCUUCGCCCGGCCAUCUCGCACAACAACUGGACAGUGUCGGGUUUUCGGGAUCUUCAGGCAUCCAACCGUCUUCGAAACGCGAGAGGCACCUUCGAAAAGCAGCUUUCUACGCCGCCGACUCCCUAUCAAUGGCGGACAAACUUGGCGCCACGUACGCCGAAUUCACCGCUCGAGAGCUGCCGAACUCGUCUGCACUUUGCACAUUCGACUGCGCGCAAGUGCUCGCUGAAUGGGUUGCGACAGUUCAAGACCGUGUCGGCCGUUAUCUUGGUGUGCUUGGAAGAGAUGAUAUUGAUUACUCUACAGUUCCUGCGAUCAUGUGUCUUGAAGAGGAGGAUAUCAAGUUGUUGCAGAAGAUUGCAGACAUCUUGCACAAUGCAGACAUGAAGAUGGCUUACGAUAUUUCCUGCAACAAUGUCAUCAACUCUGUUCCCGGCAUCUCGGGAAUGAGUCGUUGUGGCUUUGGUACCAAGUUGUUGAUGGUAACUUCCUACAUGUUAUCAAAAGCCGCCGUCUGGCCUGCAGUUACCCAAGUGCAAGCACGCGCUCUAGAGGCACAUGCGCAUUGCAUCAACCAACGGGCUGAGAACUCGGUCCUCGGCCAUGCUUCGUAG